AUGCCCAAACAUGCUACUAUCGCCAAGUUCAUUCAAAAUGAACUUGACGCAGAACGCGAGAAAGUAGCCUUGCUUCACCAACAAGGUUCUCAACAAGCAGAGUUGUUGAGAGAACAGGGUGCCCAACAGUUUGAACUGUUGAGUCAGCAGCAGGCUGCUGCUGGUGGGUCGAUGCACUCGCGUCGACCGGAGACUUUGAAGAUUGACAUCUCCAAGUAUAGGGGAGUCGAAGAGGACUCCCUCUUGAGAUGGUUCGUCGAAUUGGAUGACGCCAUAAGGGCGCGUCGCAUCGACGACGGGAAUAUGCAAGUUGCAUUUGCCCAGUCAAAUCUGGCAGGACGUGCCAAGACUUGGGCACUGGGGCUCAAGUUGCACGACCCAUAUGCGUUUGGGUCGUUGGAAGUCUUCAAGUCGCGGCUUAGACAAACGUUGAACCACCUAGAGCUGAGUUCAGAGCUCGAACUGAGCUCUCGAAGCUCAAGAAGGGUAAGCGUGAUGUGCACGCUUACGCGCAACAUAUACGACAUCUCACGAGUUGUAUAA